AUGGAAGCAACAGCCGACAGCGAGAAUGACUUCCGCUUCAUAUCAUGGAGCGGGCUACUUGGGGCCACCGUGACGGUCCUCAUGACCACCUUGGACGAUUCCAUUUGGCUCGUUUCGUUUGUGGGAACCUCCUCUCUUCCAAAGGCAGCACGUGUGGUGAAUGCAGCAACCUUUCUAUCCACAUUAAUGGGACUGGCAUUGUUGUGUUGCGCGCUUGCGAUAAUCCUGGAACAACUAUUUCUUGCAUCAUCAUCAUCAUCAUCAUCAUCAUCAUCAUCAUCAUCAUCAUCAUCAUCAUCAUCAUCAUCAUCAGGAAUAAUAAACGAGGCUGCAGAUGAACAUGUGCUCGAGCUCCGAUUGCAAUGGAUCGCCGUCGUCUUUUGUUGGAUGCUCGCAGCUUUCUUCUAUAUUAAAAAAAAACAACUCAAAAGGAGGCGACGCCGGCAACAGCAAGAAGAGGCUUCUCGACUAAAGGAUAAUGGUGAUGAUAAUGGUGAUGCAGAGAAUAAAGGAUCUUAUGGAAGUAUGCUUCCCCAACCACACGAAAAAGAAAAAUCCGAAUCAUCACUACCACCUGAAAAGGAAGAUGACUCUCCGCAGGCCACCAGCCAACCAUGGACGAUUGUGCUGCUGACGACUAUGGGAUUCUUGGACGAAGUUUCUUACUUCCCAGCGUUGAUUGUUGGCCACAUUUUCUCCGUCUGGGAACUAUUGGCGGGGACGCUAUUGGCGGGAAUUGCCAUGCUCGGGAUACAAGCCUUUUUGGCAUCUCAGUGCAAACCGUUCAUUGACUUUUUGGAUGACCAUGUCAAGCUUCAUGGGAUCAUUGCUUUGUUUGCCCUCAUUCUUACCAUUCAGCUGAUAUUGGAGUAUUUGCUGUGA